CCCUCCCUCACUCCUCAGCAUCCUUCCCUCAGCCGCAUUAGCUACCAUCGGCUAAACUGGGCUAAAUUCCAUCCCAAACCCGACCAACCACCUGGCUGUCGGCUGUGUGCGUUAGGGUGUAUGAAAAAUGCCCAGUGUCACGGUGAAAGAUGUCAACCAGCAGGAGUUUGUGAGGGCUUUGUCGGCUUUCCUCAAAAAAUCUGGCAAACUGAAGGUUCCAGAGUGGGUUGACACUGUGAAGCUUGCCAGGCACAAGGAGCUGGCUCCCUGCGAUGACAACUGGUUUUACACCAGAGCAGCAUCCACAGCUCGUCACCUGUACCUGCGAGGAGGGGUCGGCGUGGGCUCCAUGAUCAAGAUCUACGGAGGGCGUCAGAGGAAUGGUGUGUGCCCCGCCCACUUCAGUGUGGGCUCUAGAAACGUGGCGAGGAAGGUCCUCCAAGCUCUGGAAGGCCUCAAGAUGGUGGAGAAGGACCCCAACGGUGGACGGAGACUUACCCCUCAGGGUCAGAGAGAUUUGGAUAGGAUCGCUGGUCAGGUUGCCUCAGCAAACAAGAAGCAGCGAAGUUUACAAAGCGCCAUCUGAGCCAUCUGAGGAGUGCAUGUAAAGAAUCCAGACAAGUAAUGCAGUUAUGCCUUACUGCUUAUUUACUCAAGUUUGCUUGUCUCCCAUAUCACUGCAGUGUCAUCCAGAGUACAAAAGGCAUUUCAUAGAGAUGCAUGUCUCUAUAGUACAAUAGAUUCAAUGUUAUACAUGGAUGUUGUGCAGAAGUUUUAGGUCUGUUUUUUGUUUGAAUUUAAAGACAGCAGUGGCCUUGUGACAGCACAGAAUGAAUCACUGAGAAUACAAUAUUACCAAACACAAGCAUGUUAAUAUUGUUUUGACAACUGUGAAACUCAAUGUAGAAUAAAAAGACAGUCAGUGGAUGCUGAUGUAUAUUUUUUAUUAAUUCAUCCACUUCUCCAGAUUAUCAUGCCAAAACAUGUUAUUCAUGAGAUGUAUAUGAAUGAAACAAUAAUACAGAGGGCGUUUCAAAUAAACUGAAUAUGAACGCUGA